GCGCUGAGCAGCUUCCCAUUUCUAGGUUUCCCUCCUUGCCGCCGCCGCCGCCGCCACCGCCGCCGCAGCCUCCUCUCGCUCCGCCUCACCGCCGCUCGACGCCAUGGGCCGCAUGCACAGCAGCGGGAAGGGGAUGUCCUGCUCGGUGCUCCCCUACAGGCGCGCCGCUCCCGCCUGGGUCAAGACGUCCGCGUCGGAGGUGGAGGAGAUGAUCGUGCGCGUCGCCAAGAAGGGCCAGCUGCCGUCGCAGAUCGGGGCGAUCCUCCGCGACGCCCACGCCGUCCCGCUCGCCCAGGGCGUCACCGGCGGCAAGAUCCUCCGCGUGCUCAAGUCCCGCGGCCUCGCGCCCGAGGUGCCCGAGGACCUCUACUUCCUCAUCAAGAAGGCCGUCGCGAUGAGGAAGCACCUCGAGAGGAACAGGAAGGACAAGGACACCAAGUUCCGCCUCAUCCUCGUCGAGAGCAGGGUGCACCGCCUCACCCGCUACUACCGCCUCGCCAAGAAGAUCCCCGCCUUCUUCAAGUACGACUCCACCACCGCGAGCACUCUCGUGGCCUGAAGUGGAACUGAAGGUUUCGUUCGUUUUCAGCUUCUUUUUUGGGCGACUUGAAUUCUCUUGACAGCCAUGGAGUUUUGUUUAAUCUUAAGUAAGUAGGAAUGCUUUUGUUGGUGUAAUGUGUUAAAUCUACCUCCUGCACCUGAAGAGAAGUUGCUUACUGAGACUCGAUCUAGGAAUGCUUUUGUUGGUGUAAUGUGUUAAAUCUACCUCCUGCACCUGAAGAGAAGUUGCUUACUGAGACUCGGAUCAGAUUUUAUUUUCCUGAAAGAAAGGUUAUUCGCAAUGAUAUGAAGUUCAAUUUACACCUUGA